AUGGACAAAACGAAGUCGAAAUUGGCGGCAUUCUUUGACAACGAUGAUGAAGAAACCUCGUUUCUACAAAAACCUGUCGAUGAUGCGAAACUUUCGCAGUAUACUUCAGGGAAAGUGCGAAAGUCCCGCAGAGAGAAGGAGCAAGAGGCCGCGGAUGCGAAGAGGCGCGAAGAAGAGGCUGAGGCUGCCCAAGCAUAUGCGGAUUUUUUAGACGCGUUUGAGGGAGAGGACGUCAGCAAGAGGAAGACUGGGUCAGGAUUCGUGAGGGCAGACACAAAGAUGUCCUAUGCGCCGUCUAUGCCAGCUGCAGACCGUCGUGCAGCACCGAGAUCGCUGUCACCAGCUUCAACGGAGCAGGCUGAAAGAGAAGUGAAAUAUGCCCGACAUGGGCAUGGUCAUGGACGGUCAGUCACGGCAAUGGCGGCCUACGAUGGCCAGAGUGGAAGCAAAGACCGCGGAGACCCACAAGUGAGCUACUCAUCUUAUGUCAUUUGGGCCUCCGUCGCCAACUGUCGUGUUUUCCCAAAGACUACCAAUCUCUUCGUCGCAAACCUGCCUCAACAUGUAACUGAGCCCAUCCUAGGCAAAUUCUUCGCGAAGAUAGGGCCUGUCGGUUCUGUCAAAAUUAUGUGGCCGAGAUCUGACGCGACUGUUGGUCCUGGUGCCGAUAUGACCGCAAGUCGAAGGGCAAAGAAUAGCGGGUUGAAUGGUUUUGUAUCAUUUAUGACGAGGCGAGAUGCAGAGGACGCCUUGAGGGAGUACGAUGGAUAUGAUUGGGGUGGUUCCAUCCUGCGCGUUGGUUGGAGCAAGGCUGUUCCGAUUGCAGCGAAGGCGUUGUAUGUAUCUACAACGACCAAAGCAGCCAAGAGUCAUAUGGCCGCUGAAGUGAAAGGGCACGACAUGAAGUACGAGGAAACUUUGAAAGACCUGGAGAAGAACAACCCCAAAUACAACUUCCUCCUUCGUCGAAAUCAUCGCCGCCACGCAUAUUAUCGAGGUCUCGUCGAAUCUGAGGAGCCCUUCAAACCUGCCUUUGAUGAUGAGGGAUACAACUCAGUUUACUCCACUGAAUCUGAAGAAGAAUCCGAAAAAGAGCAAACACGCAAAACUGCUUUAGGCGUUCUUGCUCGACGGAGGUUCGAAGCGAUGCUUCGUGCUCUAACGGGAAAGCGUGGUGAAAUCGCGAGAUGUAUGACUUUCAGUCUCGAACAUGCAGAAGCUGCUCAUGAAGUUGCCGAUAUUAUUGUCUCUUCUCUUCUUGUAGAUGGCACCGCCGUUCCUCGAAAAGUGGCUCGAUUGCAUCUAAUCUGUGACAUCCUUAACAAUUCUGCUGCUCCUGUACCCAGUGCUUGGAAAUAUCGUCAAGAGUUUCAGGCGCGAUUGGGCAUCGUCUUCGACCAUCUUGCCAACAUCUACCAUUCUUUCCCUGGUCGGAUCACUGCAGACGUGUUUAAGAAGCAGAUCACGACGGUCGUUGAUGUAUGGGAGGACUGGAUUGUUUUCCCUCCAGAUUUUACCUCAGAGCUCCGAACAAGAUUGGAAGGGGCACAAGUGCCAUCUCAAGUAGAAUCUCAGGCAGAAGUAGUUGCUGCUCCUGCCGCGACUAAUACAUUCGCUUCCAAAUUCAAGACGAGCACUUUUCAACUUGCAAAGGAUGCGACCGUGUCUCAAUCAGUUGCCUCUACACCUGGUAAUGCUAGCGAUGGAGAACCUAUGGAAGUCAGCAGCGACGAAGGUGAAGAUGACAAUGACAACGUUGAUGGUGAACCCGUUGAGGAUGUCCUUGAUGGUGAGCCAAUCGACGUGGACGGGGAACCUGUUGACGAUUCAGCCGGGGCUGCAGUUGGUGACGACCUUGACGGAGAGCCAAUUGUAGAUGAUGUCGACGGUAUUCCCAUGGACGAUGAUGUUGAUGGAGAGCCAAUUGACGUACCAACAUAA